AUAACAACAUCCUAUUGUGUGCAAGUGCACGAACACACACACACACACAUAUACAUCUUAUCUUUAUGUUUGGAAGGCGAUGCUGUAAUGUUGUGAGUACUGAUGGUAACAGCUGUGCAAAAACGAUAGAGUCAAAAAGAGGAAAAAAAAUAACUUUUGAUUUAUUAGUUGUAUCAAAUGACGAUCGUUAUAAGUAGCACGUUUUUUUUUCUCUCUUUCUUGUUCGUUAGGCUUUUCUAAAUCGAAUUUGAUGCAUGAUUGAUCAUCAGUAGAUUUUUUUUUGUGAACAAUUUAUAUACAUCAUGAAAGAACAAAUAUGUCAGAUGAAACAAUGUAGUUUCACAUUGAGAAAUACAACGGCUGCUAUUACUCGUGGUCUCUCAAAAAAAAAGAUGCGUUAUUCUAAAGUAGAGAAUAGAAUGCUGCCUAUUCGCUUUUGUUAUUACUCGUUUGCUUUAAGGCUGUCGACACACACACAUAAAGUAAUACGCACAAGGAAGGAAGAAGAGGCUUGUUGUUCUUAUUCUUGCUUUCCUUCUCCCUCUUUUCUGUCCCAGUUUCUUUUCUUUUCUUUUCUUUCUUUUUUUUUUGCUCGUUUCUUCUUGUAGAUUUUUUUUGCUACUCUCCCUUCUUACGACUACGUUGGUGUUAGUGGCGGCCUGUAGUGCAAUCGACGACAACGACAACGACGAAACACAGUCCCUUACCUCUUCCUAAAUGUUUUUGUGGUCGCAGUAGUGGGUGAUCCAUUUCCCAUUUUAUUGAAGUACACUCAUCUUUUACGCAACCGGCAUCUUAUAACACAUCGCAAACGCCUUCUUUACACCAUUUAAUUAUUGAUCCUCAUUCAUCCGGUCACGUCCAACAACAACAACAAACGCAACAGCAACAUUCAACAACAAUAACAAAUAUGGCAUUAACAGCUGAACGUGAAGCUUAUUUACGGCUGGCAGCACAUUCAAUGGAACGUUCUGAACAGAUUGCACCACAUUUUAAUAUUCGUUCGCCCAAAGCUUAUGGUGGUUAUGUUCCUUCACCAUCUCAUCAUGUUGUUUAUGAUCAAUCUCGACCACCCUAUAUAAAUGGACAUCAAACAAUAAUUAAUAAUGGUUUAUCACCAUCAUCGUCAUCAUCUUAUCAAACUCAACAACAUCUCAGUGAUACAAAUUUGUAUAUAAAAAAUUUACCACCUGAUUAUUCUGAUCAAGAUCUUGCUAAACUUGUGGAAGGUUGUGGUAAAGUGAAGUCAAUGAAAGCAAUAAUUGAUAAACAAACAAAUAAAUGUAAAGGUUUUGGUUUUAUUGAUUUUGAAUCUACUGAAGAUGCUCAAAUGGCAAUAGCUCAAUUACAAAAAAAGGGUUUUACUGCCCAAUUAGCUAAAUCUUCACAGCAACAAGAACAAGAUACAACUAAUUUAUAUUUUGCUAAUUUGGAUCCUCAAAUGACAGAACAAGAUUUACGACAAGCACUUAGUCAAUAUGGUACUGUUGUUAGUGUACGUAUUCUACGUGAUCAACAAAAACAAUCACGUGGUGUUGGUUUUGCACGCAUGAAUGAUAAAGAACAAUGUCAAGCAAUUAUUAAUCGAUUCCAUAAUCAGAGUUUUCCAGAUUUUGCUGAUAAACACGUACAUGUAAAAUUUGCUGAUGCUAGUAAUAAAAAUAAGAAAUUGUAUAAAACAGGUUUAGAUGACAUGAAAAGUGGUCAUCCAUUAUAUCCAAUGGAUCAAACAGUUUCUUAUUCAUCGCCAGCUGUGGUAUUUCCACCAUGGCCACAAAUGUCAGCAGCACAAAUGCUUCCUCAACAAGCUCCUGCUCAACAACAACAAGCACCACCAAUUGUAUCCGGUCCACCACCACAUCCACAACAUCCAGCUCAUCAUCCAAUGUAUGCUCAAGCAGCACAACUUCGACAGCCAUUAGGCGUUUUUAAUCCAGCUAUGCAGUCCUACAUGCAAUUAUCACAUGGACCAGGACAUGAAAGUGGUGCCACAUUUGUAUUACCGAUGCAACAAUUACAACAAUUACAAAUAGCUAAUGGUCAUCCGGGUGCAUUUUGUUUAGUUAAUUCACCACAUCAUCAUGGACAUCCUCAUGCAGCACUUUUUAUGCAAGCACCACAACAAACAGUUGCAGCUCAACCUCAACCACAACAACAAUCAGCACCACCACCUUCACAACAACAAAAUGAUCCAUCACUUAUUGCUUCACAAGAUCUGUCAUAG